CUCGUUUCUCUCGCGAGGAAGUCCCGGCGCCGGAAGUACCCGGGCGCGCGGCGGGGCGGCCCGGAGACUCCUGCGCGCGGCCGGCAGAGGGAGGGGGCCCGCUGCGGACGCUUCGGCCGCUGAGGGGACUCUCGCAGGGUCGUCCCCAUGUUGCGUUUUCCGACCUGUUUCCCGUCCUUCCGGGUGGUGGGAGAGAAGCAGCUGCCGCAGGAGAUCAUUUUCCUGGUCUGGUCUCCUAAGCGGGAUCUCAUUGCUCUGGCCAAUACGGCGGGCGAGGUUUUACUUCAUCGACUUGCAAGUUUUCACCGGGUUUGGAGUUUUCCACCAAAUGAAAAUACCGGAAAGGAAGUGACUUGCCUGGCUUGGAGACCAGAUGGCAAACUUUUGGCCUUUGCUCUUGCUGACACCAAAAAAAUUGUUUUGUGUGAUGUAGAAAAACCUGAAAGCUUGCAUUCUUUUACUGUGGAGGCUCCAGUUUCUUGUAUGCAUUGGAUGGAAGUGACUGUAGAAAGCAGUGUCCUAACAUCCUUUUAUAAUGCUGAGGAUGAAUCAAAUCUUCUCUUACCUAAACUACCUACCUUGCCAAAAAAUUAUAGCAACACCUCAAAAAUAUUUAGUGAAGAAAACUCUGAUGAGAUUAUUAAGCUCUUGGGAGAUGUCAGGCUUAAUAUUCUUGUCCUUGGAGGAAGCUCUGGGUUUAUUGAGCUUUAUGCUUAUGGAAUGUUCAAAAUUGCUAGAGUCACAGGGAUUGCUGGUACUUGUCUUGCAUUAUGUUUAUCAAGUGAUUUGAAAUCAUUAUCAGUGGUCACAGAGGUUUCUACCAGUGGUGCUUCAGAAGUUUCAUACUUUCAGCUUGAAACCAAUCUGUUGUACUCUUUCUUACCUGAAGUAACUCGGAUGGCCAGAAAGUUUACUCACAUUUCAGCUCUUUUACAGUAUAUAAAUUUGUCACUAACGUGUAUGUGUGAAGCAUGGGAAGAAAUACUGAUGCAGAUGGACUCUCGUCUCACCAAGUUUGUGCAGGAAAAGAACACAACCACCUCAGUGCAAGAUGAAUUCAUGCACCUGCUGUUGUGGGGGAAAGCAAGUGCUGAACUUCAGACCCUCUUAAUGAACCAGUUAACAGUUAAGGGCUUAAAAAAGCUUGGCCAGUCUAUUGAGUCGUCAUAUUCCAGUAUACAAAAAUUGGUUAUAAGUCACUUACAGAGUGGCUCAGAGUCUUUAUUAUACCAUUUAAGUGAAUUGAAAGGCAUGGCAUCAUGGAAGCAAAAAUAUGAACCUCUUGGACUAGAUGCUGCAGGAAUUGAAGAUGCUAUUACUGCUGUAGGUUCUUUCAUACUCAAGGCAAAUGAACUUCUUCAAGUUAUAGAUAGUAGCAUGAAAAACUUCAAAGCAUUUUUUCGGUGGCUUUAUGUGGCAAUGUUGAGAAUGACAGAAGACCAUGUACUUCCUGAGCUAAAUAAGAUGACUCAAAAAGAUAUCACAUUUGUUGCUGACUUUCUUACUGAACAUUUCAAUGAGGCUCCAGACCUUUACAAUCGAAAAGGCAAAUACUUUAAUGUGGAAAAAGUUGGACAGUACUUGAAAGAUGAAGAUGAUGAUCUUGUGUCACCACCUAACACAGAAGGAAACCAGUGGUAUGAUUUUCUUCAAAAUAGUAACCACCUUAAAGAAAGUCCUUUGCUGUUUCCUUAUUAUCCUCGAAAAUCAUUGCAUUUUGUGAAAAGGCGGAUGGAGAACAUUAUUGAUCAUUGUUUGCAAAAGCCAGCAGAUGUAAUUGGAAAAUCAAUGAAUCAAGCAAUCUGUAUUCCUCUAUAUAAAGAUGCUAGAAGUGUGGAAUCUACCCAUCGAUUGUUCAAGUUUCCUUUUUUGUGGAAUAACAAAACUUCAAAUCUACAUUAUCUUCUUUUUACUAUUUUAGAAGAUUCACUUUACAAAAUGUGCAUCUUAAGGAGACAUACUGAUAUUUCCCAAUCUGUAAGUAAUGGACUAAUUGCUAUUAAAUUUGGGAGCUUCACAUAUGCCACAACUGAAAAAGUGAGAAGAAGCACCUACAGUUGUUUAGAUGCACAGUUUUAUGAUGAUGAAACUGUAACAGUAGUCCUUAAAGACACUGUAGGACGUGAAGGAAGAGAUAGACUCUUGGUCCAGUUGCCAUUAUCUUUAGUAUAUAACAGUGAAGAUGCUGCAGAUUAUCAGUUCAGUGGGACUUACUCUACAAGGCUGGAUGAACAAUGUAGUGCUAUUCCCACACGUACCAUGCAUUUUGAGAAGCAUUGGAGAUUACUGGAAAGUAUGAAAGCACAGUAUGUUGCUGGGAAUGGUUUUCGAAAAGUGUCCUGUGUGUUAAGCUCAAAUCUCCGUCAUGUGAGAGUAUUUGAGAUGGACAUAGAUGAUGAAUGGGAGCUCGAUGAGUCUUCAGAUGAAGAGGAGGAGGCCAGCAAUAAGCCUGUAAAAAUCAAGGAGGAAGUGUUGUCUGAGUCGGAGGCAGAGAACCAACAAGCCAGUACUGCUGUUUUACCUCCUGAGAUAGUAGUUAAAGUGGAAAAACUUGACCCUGAGCUAGAUUCAUAAUUUAGGUGUCAUUAUUUUGUAUGUCCUCAUUAUGUGAGAAAGGAAAUGGCCUAAGAUAUCUUGUGACCACUUUAAAUUUUCUUUGGGUGACUGACAAAGAAAUAAACAGUACAUUUUAUUUUCUUUUAUUCUGCUUCAUUUCUCUUAGUGAUAUAGUCACUAUAUUAGACUUUCUUUAUACUGAGGUUUCUUUUUAAUACUGUAUGCAAAGCAAAUUGAAUGUGAUGAAAAAGUUUAAUCUUUUUUGUCAAAAGGUAGGUAUCAGGAAUUAUUCCUAUUUCACGAAGAAAUUACAUUUAAAUAGUCAUUCAUCACUGGAAAUUUUGAUGCAUUUAACAUUCUAAGAAUUUAGACAACAUUUAUCAUUUAUUCCCAUUUUUCCAUCAUCCCCUUCUAGUUCAUUUCAGGUCUCCAGAAAGCUAUCAAAAUCAUGUUUUCAAAGUAAAUUAUACUUGUUUACUGUAAUGCUAAGCCAAAAGAUGGACACUUUCUUUAUGAUUUAAAUAGCAAAAACACUGCUUGAUACCCUCUAUGAUUGUCCUUCCUUUCUCAUUUUGUUUAUUGUAUUUGAGCUCUAAAUUUUUUGAAUUAUCAGUAUUUAGAUGUGUCUUUUUCACGGUUUAGAGCUGAUCAAGGAUACACAGUGGCCAUCAGUAUGGUUGACUCUUUGGCAACAUUAGAAAUAUGGGUCAACAAGACAUAAUUUAGCAUUAGUGCAAAUGAGCUACUGUUGAUUUCAUAAUGUUUAUUCCUAAAGUAGAAUGGUAUUCUCAUAUGACUCUCAGAGUUUCCACUUUAUAAAUUAAUUUUAAUAUCAGUUCACUGAAAAAUUAAAAAAAAACUUUUUAAAACUUUAAAUAUCAUUAGGCAGGAAGAUGUACUAUAACCAAGUGUGUAGGUAACUGCAGGAUUCCUGUGUCGUUGUCUGUUUCUUUAAUAGGUAGCUGUUACCUUUGGAUAUUAGGGACAUAGCCCUCAUUUGGCCUCCUCUCUGUGAAGGGAAAACUGAAGAGUAGCCACUGUUUGUGUAUGAGCCUGGAGUAGGGAACUGUGAUCUUCAGGAGUGUCGGCCUGUAGCCUUCAGCUCCAUAAAUAUAUGACCUUUGUAAAUAUUGAUUGACAGUUGGUCCAUGUGCAUGGCAUACUGCGGAAUGCCUUGAAUUAGCUUUUGUGAGCAAGAAAGGUGAACUGUUGGAUGACAUUCAGGAGAAAUUAUAGGUUGUAAGUAUGUAGAACAAUUAAAAAUGAGUGCAUUGCACAAAUUUACCGCAUAACUUUUAAAUAAUUUUGAUAGAUUUUAGGGACAUGUAAUUACAGCUUCUUCUUAAAAUAAGCUACAGUUUUAAAAUAAAUAAUUAGUUCUCCAUUAGACAGUAAUCUUUUCCAUGUAACUUCAGUAUUAAAUCUAUUAAGAUUUUUUGCUAUAUAUACAUUUGUUUCCUGGGAUUCCAGCAUAGGGAUAAAUGGAAACCAAGACUCCUAGACUCUUCCCCUAUCUUGAACCAGGAAUCAGUAAUGCUUCUAUUGAUGUACUGACUUUCUCUUAAAUUCAUAAUGUGAAUCAUUUCUAAUUAUAGGAGGAUGGUUUUCCCAUGAAUGCUUUUAAUGUACGUGAUACAUUAAAUAUUUAGGAACUGGAUUUGUAUUAUCUCAAAGUGAAAAAGUUUUAACUGUUAUCAGAAUCUCUUUUUAGGUUUUAAUAAGGUAUAUAGAGCAAAUAAUUUUCUGUUUGUCAUUGUAUUUUUAGGUAUGCUAUGGUUUUCUUCAUGUCAGUAGAGCAACUUUGCUUUAAAUAUUUACAACCAAUUGGAUCAUUAUAGACCAUCACUUUACUUUUAGUGUCUUUACCAGAAGAUGCUGAAUUUGAGUUUUGAAUUCAGUGACCAGUAAGAGGCAUGUGGGGAUGUGGAGGCCUCUGGAAAUCAGCUGUGGCAGUUACUGGCUGUGUGCAUAACUCUAGGUGCCAAGCCUCAUGAAGUGGGGCAAUUGAGUACCUGUCCCAGAGUUUGAGGGCUAAAUGAGGGGUGCCCGUAGAGCAUUGUUGUUGGCACAUAUGAAGUACCUGGUAGAAAUUAGCACUUCUUAUUUACAGUGUUCUGUGCUGCCCUCUUCCAGGAGAAACUGUGGUUUCUUAAAAAUUUUUUUUUUCCCCAGACUCAACAGGCCACUGAUAAUAGCCUAAUUCUCUGGUUUCAUAGUUUUUUGGUUUUGUCUUCCAAAAUAAAAAGUUUAUACAGUAAAA